AUGUUAGGGCAACAUCGCUCACCAAAACAACAACAUCAAAGCCGUUUCUAUGAAACUCAUGUUCAGCAACACAGACAACAACCUUUUUUUCUCUCGAAAAUUGAAAAUGCCCAAUUUAUUGAUGAGGGAGAAAAUAGUUCAUCUCCAAUAAAUAAUUUUAGUGCUAUGACACCGCUAAGAACUAGCACUCCUAAAGAAACACAAUAUCGCCUUCCACUACAUAUAGCCACAAGUGCAUUUGAUGCCGAUGGCUAUGGAGGAGCAACAUCUUCAGCCCCGUCUUCUCCCGCCUCCUCCUUUCAACACCUACCCUCUUAUCAAGCAACUAUAGCUCAUGACUUAGCUCAAUUAAAAAAGACACCUUCGAGAGGGGGAGCAGUAAUACCCACAAAAACACAGCCUUACACAUCAAUUGCCUCAUUGUCAAGCUCUGCCCGUGGUGCUUUCAACACCAAUAUAAAUCGUCAACAACAUGUUAUAUCACCAGAGCCCAGAAUGCUAAUACAAAAUCAUCAAAUUAAUGGUAGCCGUCAACUAGCUAAUGAUACUAUGCUUCGUUCCUCUAACUUACAAAGUCGGGCAUAUUUUCAUCAAAACAUUGGUGGGGGUGUUUCUUCCGAAAAUGAUUCUGCUGCAACGCGUUUAAUACCUUAUCGUUCCCGUGGAGGUACAACUCCCUCAUUCUCUCAACAGCAAAAUGGUAGUUUAUCUCAUUUGACUCACGGAGGCGGUAGUGUAGCUGGAUCAACAUUAGAACUCACCGAAUUUGCAAGUGUUCGCCGUCGACGUUUGGAGGCAGAUAUUGGAGGAGCACGUUCUCCAGUAAUGCCAUCCGCGCAUUUGGUUCGAUCUGUUUCACCGCCAAUGCAUUUUCCCGCGUCGAAAACAACUCCAAUUGGUGGCAAUAUUCAAUCAAACUCUUUUUCCUAUUCGUCUGUUAAUAAUUUGGCUUCAGCUUCAUCAUCGUCCCAGUUAUUAAUGAGAAAUUACUCGAAUCCAUUAUCAACCAACUACAAUAAAAUUAUUGAAGAAACACAUGACAACAACAUUCAAGACUACCAACAAAAACCUUCAAUUUCUUCAAAACAUACUUUUCUGGAGGAAAAUGAACUCGACGAAGCAAUUCCCAAAACAUCAACAAAUAAAAUAAAUAAACUUAACAACAAAACAAACAAAACAACAUAUAAUUCUAUUAGUGCAGAUUUUGUAAAACAAAAGAACAACAACAACAUUCAAACAAAACAAGUUUCUUUUAUGAGAAACUUUGGGACACAAACAAUGUUUGCAACAAAACAGCCUGUUUUGAAGGAUGUUGGAGUUGCUACUGAUUCCAAAACUAAUUUACCAAAGAAAAUUCGUCUUAAGGAAGCUAGCACCUCUCCAGAGCCUAUCAUUCCACCAACCUCCAAAUUUAAAGAAUUGCCAUUUUCAUCAUUUAUUAAAUUCAAUUCUAUUGGAGUAGGCACAACAGAAAUAGAAGAACUUGAAGAAGAAAUUAAAAAUUCCUUUAAAAAGCCUCCCCCACAACCUCCUCCUAAACCUUCAAGGCCCGAUUUAGAGGAAGAACUGAGAAGACGUCGACAGGCUGAAAGAUUAGCCUCUUUGGUAACCGAGUUUCAAUAUUGCUUGGGGCACGAACCCGAACACCUUCCCUGUCAAGAACCUCCUCUAUUUGAUAAAAUACAAAAAGUAGAUAAAAGUGUGGAAACCAUAAAUUUACUCAUCCCAACAAUUAGCAAAACUACUGCAACCACUAGUACAACAGACCUAACUUUUUCCAUAAAUGUUGGUGUGGGAACAUUGCAACCUGAAUUAGUUGAAACAUCAAUGGAAACAGAAACAAUCAGAAAAUUACAAAUUGGUGUACAAACAGAAAAAGAAGAAUCCAAAGAAAUUGAAAAAUUAAUUAAUUAUGAAACUGAAAAGAGGAUUAAAAUUGAAAAAGAAAAAUUAAAACUUUUAUUGAAUGAAAUUGGAAGCCAAACUGAAACAGAUUGGUUGGAAAGAGAAAUUGAUAUUAAAUUGGCUGAAGCUGAAGCAGAAAGAAAAGAAAAACGUAAGCGUUUAAGUAUUGAACGGAGUACAGAAACAGAUGACGAAGAAUCCCCUGAUCAAUUCAUCAUGAUAACUUGUAAUAAAUGUGAACAACGUUCUUCAAUAGCUACUGACGAAGUUUUUGAGAAAAUUGUUGAUGAAACAAUUUUACAGGUUAGCGAUGUUGUUCAGCAACAAAACAACAAACAACAAUUAUUUUCUGAACAACAUUCUUCUGGGGAAAUUUUGGAAGUAUUACAAGAAGAGCCCGAACUUGCAUUAGCUACUAGCAGCAGAAAUGAAGGAAAUGAUAGGGGAAAUGAAAGAAGAAGCAAAUUUAUUAAUACAAGCAUUCCAAAUUUUGAAGAAGUUGAUAUUGAAAGGGAGAAACGAAGCUAUUCUGAGCCUGUUAGUGUUGUUGUACAAGAGCUUAAAGAUCCUAUUUCUGCUGUUUUUGAAGAUAUUCUUCCUUCAACUAUUCCUGUAGUUCAUUCCUUGAAUCGAGACUGCAAUGAGCUUUGUAGUGUGGACAUGACUGAUUUUGUUUCGAUUUUAACUAAAGAUGGAAACAAAGAAGAAAAUAAUAAAUUUGUAGAAUUAAUUCCAAAAAUAGAGGAAACUAAAACAUUUAAAUAUUAUCUAAAAACAAUUGGAAGCAAAACAAAAUUGUUGUCAAAAUCAAGUGAACUUCCAAGCAUUUCAUUGUUGAAUGAAGAUAUAGUGUAUUUAAACAAGAAGGAGAAAACAACACAAAAUGAACAACAAAAACAUUUCGAACAAAAACAUUCUGAAUAUUCUGAACAACAGUUAAAUGAGGAAAAACAUUUAGAAAACACCCAAAGUUUAGAAAAACAAUUACAUGAACAUGUGAAUCAAGAACAACAAAAACAAAUAAUUUCAGAAGUGUCUCAACAACAUUUACAACAUCAGAAAAAACAUUCUGAACAAAAACAUCCAGAAAACAUCCAGUGUUUAGAACAACAUUUACACGAACAUUUAAAUUCUGAACAACAUUCUGAACAACAAAAUGUUAAACAAACAAAUUUAGAAAUGUUUCAACAACAUUUAGAACAUCAGAAACAACAUUCUGAACAAAAACAACAAGAAAACAUCCAGUGUUUAGAACAACAUUUACACGAACAUUUAAAUUCUGAACAGCAUUCUGAACAAUUUUCUGAACAACAAAAUGUUAAACAAACAAGUUUAGAAAUGUCUCAACAACAUUUAGAACAAGAAAAACAUUCUGAACAUUCUCAUUUAACUCAAGAAAAACAUCUAGAAAACACCCAACAUCAUUUACAACAAAAACAUUCUGAACAAACAAAACAACAACAAAUUCAAAAACAUGUUGUUUCCUCUUCUCCAAUGAGUUCUGAUGAGGGAUUAGCAGAAGAAGAAGAAGAAAUGUUUGACGAGUUUGGAGGACAAGAAAUUGAUUUACAAUUACCGUUAGAUAUUGAUGCUGAUAGAUUUUCGAUUGACACGGAUGUUCAAACUGUAAUUUAUGUAGAACAAGAUGGGGGAAUCUCUGGUUACCCCCAAACACGUUCCAGUUCUUCUGCUUCAACAAAAACACCAAACACAAUUAUUGGGGAUAAUUCAACUACAAAUACUGCAAACAUUGCAGCAGCUGCAGCAGCAGCUGCUGCAACAGCACGUACUGAUGCAUUGCGUAAGCUGUUAACGGAACCACCCCGUAAUAGCGCUGCAACUUCAUCAUUUUUCCAACGUGCAGCAGAUUCUAAUCGUUCAUAUAGGUAUUGCAUGUUUUUAAGCUAUUUUUACAAUUUGUAA